GAGAGCACAAUUUGGUGAAGUUGGCAGAACUGGUAGAAGCUGUAUAUGGAGCCUAUAAACCUUUCCAGCUGCUGUAUGGUGACUUGGAGGAGUCUCAUCUUCUUAUACAGAUCAGUGCCAUUCCAUUGGAACAUGGGGAGGUUCUAGACUGUGUCCAAGAACUCUCACACUCAGUGUCUCGGCUCUUCAGCCUGGCUUCAGGCGCUGUUGAGCGUUGUAUCAAACUGACAGAUGGUCUUGGAGUCUGCGGUCUUCUGCAGGCACUACAAGCUUUAUUUAAAAAAUAUGUGUCCGAUUUUACAAACACACUACAGUCAAUAAGGAAGAAGUACAAACUGGACAAUGUGCCCUCUGAUUCCCUAUUCCUGGAAGACUGGGCAGCCUUCCAAAACUCAGUCAGGAUCAUAGCUUCUUGUGGCGAGUUGUUAAGACAGUGUGGUGACUUUGAGCAACAGUUGGCAAGUCGGAUCCUGUCCACAGCCGGAAAACACUUGUCUGAAUCCUACAGCCCUCGUAGCCUUACUGGCAUGCAGGAGGCAAGCGGCACCGAGCGCAAGAGCAGCAAAAACCCCUGGCAGGAGUACAAUUACCUCCAGAAGGGCAACCCGGCAGAGUAUGGAAGCCUGAUGGAGACAUUGUACAUGCUAAAGGAGAAGGGAGCAGUCAAUGCCGGCCUUCUUUCCUCCGCCCGAUCAGCUCUAACUCGCCAAAAUCAGGUAGCUCACCAGCUGGCCUUUGAUUCUGUUUUCUUGAGGAUAAAACAACAACUCUUGUUGGUGCCCAAGAUGGAGAGCUGGGGAUAUGAAGAGUCAGGAGAAACACUGACAGAAGAUUUGCCCACAUUCAGCCUUACUCCACUCGAGUAUAUAAGUAAUAUUGGUCAGUACCUCAUGUCCCUCCCCCUGCAUCUGGAGCCAUUCGUAACCCCCGAAGACUCAGCAUUGGAGCUAGCAUUGCAUGCUGGAAAGCUGCCCUAUCCUCCAGAGCAAGGAGAAGAGACGCCAGAACUAGACAACAUGGCUGAUUAUUGGCUGGGAUCACUGGCAAGAGCCACAAUGCAGACUUACUGUGACGUCAUUCUGCAGAUCCCAACCGUCACCCCACACUCCAGCAAACAGCUGGCAACUGAUAUAGAUUAUCUAAUUAAUGUGAUGGACGCACUGGGUUUACACCCCACCCGCACUUUGCAGAACAUCGUCACACUGAUGAAAACCAAGCCUGAAGACUUCAGGCAAGCUGCAAAGGCCUUCCCCAGGAAACUGCCCUCCUCCAUCGCAGCCAUGAGAAGCAUCGAGUACUGAUAGAAAUUCCACCUUUCACAAUAUACUGCCGUCAGGGUCCAGGUUGUCGUAUUCUUCUUGGAUUUUAUUUUCAGGUUUAUUUUGAAGGUGAUGGACAAUAGUAAUGUGCAAUGUCACCUUUCUGAUCAGAUGAUCUAAAAUACUUCAAACUUUACUGGCAAUAAAUCAUUUUUUGUAUUAGAAA